CGAUGAUAAACACUCACUCCGUAUAAAAUAAAAUUUUCGUCGAACAACAAAACAGUAACGUUAAAAUGUUGUGGGCAGUUUCGAUAGUGUUCUGUGUUUCUACUGCGUUUGCAGAUCUUUUAAUCGACUUGCCUGACGGUCAAGUUCGUGGCCAUGAGGUUCCAUCGGACAGUGGCAGCAUCUACGCAUUUGAGGGGAUUCCAUUUGCUAGCCCGCCAUUAGGAAAUUUGAGAUUUCAGGCUCCUUCUCCGCCGCAACCAUGGAGCGGCAUUCUGGAAGCCAAUCAAAGCAGAGACGACUGUAUAGGAUUCUCGAAUUAUAUGCCGCAGAGUGAAGACUGUUUGUAUGUGAAUGUUUACAAGCCCGCGAGAGAGAUCCCAGAAAGGUUGCCAGUGCUCGUCUGGAUUUAUGGUGGUGCAUUCAUAUUAGGAUCAGGGUCGUAUAAAGCUUAUGGCCCAGACGCCCUCGUGAAUGAAGGUAUAAUAGUAGUAGCAUUCAACUAUAGAUUGGGACUGUUCGGGUUCCUUUCUACCGGAGACGAGGCCAUUUUGGGCAACGCCGGCUUGAAAGACCAAGUGCAAGCGCUGAAAUGGGUCCAGUCCAAUAUCGCUUACUUCGGUGGAGAUCCCGAAAAAGUAACCAUCGUUGGUCAAAGCGCGGGUGGAAUAUCCGUCGGAGCACAUUUGGCCAAUCCGAAAGCGGCUGGGUUAUUCAGAGGCGCGAUUUGCCAAAGCGGAUGCUCGUUGACUACGUUAGCCAUUACGACCCAGACAAACCCGAAACAAGUCGCUUACGAUCUUGCCAAAGCUGUAGACCCAUCGGUUUCAGACAGCAAUACAACUUCGGAAAUAAGGGACGUUCUUCAAAAUGUGGAUACGGAUGUUAUAAAAGCGAAUUUUCUUAAUAGCCUUCGGACAGGUAUAGUGCUUGAACCUGACGUUGAAGGAGCCUACGUGACGGAGCUCAGUUUUCCACAGCUUGAAUCGGGCAAUUUUAAUCAGGUACCGCUUGUGAUCGGGUCCGUUUCGGAAGAAGGGUUAGCUUUCGGAUUAAACACUCAAUCGUCGGUUAUCGUUAAAGGGCUUCAAUUCGACAUCGAUGCGACACAAUUAUUGCCCGACGAUUUCGUUCCUCAGGAAAACGUCAGCACCGUAGAAGUCGGGAGCCUCAUCAAAGACACAUACGUCGGGGAAGGUGGCUCGUUUCUUCUAAAUCCCGCCAAAGUUUUGCAAUUCACGAGCGACAACAUGUUUAUACGGUCAAUCCUGAAGCAAGCCCGCAUGCAGUCGAAUUACACUCCGGUAUACUUGUAUCAGUUCUCUUACUACGGAACUCCAAGCCAAAGUUACUUCAUAUUCGAAGGGGCGGGAAAAGUAGGGCAUGCCGACGAUUUGGCGUACCUUUUUAAUACACCAGUGCAAUUGAAAACGGACGGCGAUUUUUUAGCGAGAAGAAGGCUUGUUAGGCUUUGGGCAAACUUUGUUAAAACUUUGAAUCCCACUCCUGACGAGGCGGAUCCACUGCUGAGCAUAAAAUGGCCGCAAUUCGCGUCUACGAAUCCCCGAUAUUUGGAUAUAGACGAUACGCUUCAAGUGAAAACCAGCGACAGGGAUGCUGAAUCCGCGAUGUGGGAGAAUGUGUAUUAUAAUUACGGACAACAGCCGUUUAUCGGAUUCUAAAUACCUGUUUUAGGCCUAAUGUAAUUACAUAUUUUAUAUGUUAUUUAACACCUUUAUAAGUAAAUAUAAACCCAGCAAUUACAACUAACAAAAGACGUUUGGAUCAGAGACACCCCUAGUAAACCAUAGUAAACAACCAGUCGACAAAGCAAUUGCUUGAAAUUUUCAUUCUUGGAAACUCUAAGCAAUUACUGAUACUUAAAACUGUUACUAAUCACUAAUUGCUACGGUUUAAUUUAUUAGUCACAAUGUUUUGAAGUCGGUAGGGGGUUUACCCAACUUCUCUGCCCUCUGUUCCCGGAGAGUUGUCAUAUUUUUAGAUCUGAGAAGUCACGGCUCUGCA